AUGCCCGGCCUGGGCGGUCCCAGCAAUAUCUGCCAACGUUAUCCCUGUGGAGGUAAUUCUGCAUGCAUUCUGCUGCAUGACAAAUAUUUCUGCCUGUGUUCACAAGGAUACUACUACAAUAUCACAUGUAUGAUAGGAAAGAUAUUCCCUGGAGAAAUUAGUGUAAUAGGACUAGAAACAUCUGACUUGGAUAAUGAAAAUUCUAAGGCCUAUCAAGAAUUACAUAAUGCAAUUACUGAAUUUUUUGAAUAUGCACUUAGAGAAUAUGAUUAUGGACAGACUGUAAUCCUUAAAGUGAGCACAUCUUCAUCAGCGAGAUCUGAAGUGCGUGCUGGUGACGUUGUCACUGUAUCAGUAGUAAACAUUCUUGCACAAAGUACGAGCGCAAAUGAGAUGACUGUGUCUGACGCAAUUAAUGAAGCAAUUAAAAAUGUCUCAAGUAAUAUUACAUCACUUACAUAUACUAUGACUAGUCGGUGUGAUUAUUAUGGUUGUGAAGACGAUGGAGAUAACUGUGACAAUGGCCUAGGAUGUACCUGCCAGACUGGGCUGGAAAGACCUAACCCACAGAUCGCUUUAUGUGUCGCUUCCAGUGUAACGUGUCCCGACACCUGCAAUGGAGAUCACAAACAAUGCUUACUGCAGGACGGUGAGCCAGAGUGCAUGUGCCAACCAGGCUACUGGAAUGAUACUAAUGGGACCUGUCAAGAGUGUGCAUUUGGCUACAGCGGAGUCAACUGUAAAGACCAAUUUCAGCUGAUCCUCACUAUCGUGGGCACCAUUGCUAGCGUCCUCAUUCUCAGCAUGGCAAUUGCAUUGAUCUUCUCAGCAAGAUCAAAGAACAAAAGGAAGAAUAUCGAAGAACAGAACUUGAUUGAGGAAGACUUUCAAAAUCUAAGACUGCAGCAGACAGGCUUCAGCAAUCUAGGAGCAGACGGGAACAUCUUCCCUAAAAUUAGGAUAGCUGCCUCUGAAGACAAUCGGCCACAAAAUCCCUACACAAACCAAAGAGGUGCACCUUUCCCUGACUAUUAG